GAAGAGUAUGCUCCUGCCGGCUGCACAUACGCCUGGGUUAUUGUUGCAUGUGCCUCACUAAACAUGAUGUGCACCAUUGGCAUUGCCAACAGCUUUGGCGUUUUCUCCACAUAUUACAUCAACUUCCUCUACCCCAAUGUAUCUGCUGGAAACAUCGCCUGGGUCAGCACAACAAUGACUUUCUUCAUGCUCAUUGGCUCUAUCACCACGGGCCCAUUGACCGACAAGUUUGGCUUCCGCUCGGUGUCUCUGACCGGCGCUGUCAUUUGCAGCCUCGCACUUCUUCUCGCCUCUUUUACCAACGCACUCUGGCAGGUUGUUCUGACACAAGGUAUUAUGUUUGGCAUUGGCGCCGCUUGCAUUUUCUCGCCUUCAAGCUCGCUUCCUUCCCAGUGGCACGACAAGACCCGGCCAUUGGCGACUGCCAUUACUGUUGCUGGAAGCGGUGCUGGUGGCAUGCUUUUCACCGCAAUCACACAAAAACUGCUGGAUGCGAUUGACUACAAGUGGGCACUUCGUGUCCUUGCCCUGAUAUUGCUGUGCAUCAGCGGAACUGCCAGUCUUUUCUACAAGCGGCGAGUAUCUGUUCCCAAGGGUGGUGUGAACUUCAUGGCUAUCGCUAGGGAUAAGCGGCUAAUUAUGGUCGGCUUGGCCGGUUUCUUUGUCAACGUCGGACUAUUCAUGCUGUGGUACUACCUCCCGACGGCGGCACUAGCGCUCGGUCAGACUAAACAGGCGUCAAACAAUCUGAUUCUCUACAUGAAUGCUGGCAGCACCGUGGGCCGGAUUAUCGCCGCUUACGCGGCCAUGGCCCUUGGACCAAUCAACCUCGUCAUCUCGUCAUAUUUAGUAUGUUCUAUCCUCAUCCUGGUUGUUAUGUUGGCGGUUAAGAGCAUGGUUGCUUAUAUCGUGCUUGCAGUUAUCUUUGGCGCCAUUUCUGCAAGCUACAUUUCUAUUACUCCACCACUGCUCACGGAGUUCUUUGGAACGCAGGCGGUUGCCACAGCUAUGGGCAUUAUGAACGCAUGGUGCUCCAUUGGUAUCCUCAUUGGCAAUCCGUCGCAGGGUGCAAUAUACCAAAAGUUUGAUCGCCCAACGGGCUCAUUCAUGGCAAUUACCAUUUGGGGAUCACUGAGUCUUUUUCUAGCCGCCUCUACGUAUGUGCUCUUGAAAUAUCUUAUUGUUUGCGGUAGCGCUUACCGUAUUUGGUCUAAACUUUAGACUGUUGUUUCCAUUUUUAAUAUUAAAAAAAUUGGCAUAAAAAAGUGUGGCCAAAAAACAG